AUGUAUCAUCCACAGGUGGAAGCUUUACAGGCAAGGCAGGGCACUCCUUUGAACACGAGACCUGUGUCUCCGUAUACUCUGAGGCUACCAGUCGAUGAAGAUGGAUUCUCAUGGCCCUCAGUUGGUACGCGAGAGAGGGCUCAGGAGUCUGAGGAGCAGGAAAACGCACGUAUUGAAAGGAUAUCAGGAGCGGUAAAGACGAUUUUGGAAGAAUUGGGUGAAGAUGUUACAAGAGAAGGUUUACUUGAUACUCCAACCCGUUAUGCAAAGGCAAUGCUGUAUUUUACCAGAGGUUAUCAGAUAAAUAUAAUGGAUGAUGUGAUUAAAAAUGCAGUUUUUCAAGAGGAUCAUGAUGAAAUGGUCAUUGUGCGUGAUAUAGAGAUAUAUUCGCUGUGCGAGCACCAUUUGGUUCCCUUUUACGGUAAAGUCCACAUUGGAUACAUUCCAAACAAGAACGUUCUGGGUUUGAGUAAACUGGCUAGAUUGGCGGAGAUGUACGCUAGAAGGUUACAAGUCCAAGAACGGUUGACUAAGCAGAUCGCUAUGGCUUUGAGUGAAAUCUUGAAGCCAAUGGGUGUCGCUGUAGUGAUUGAAGCCACCCACAUGUGUAUGGUCUCUAGGGGUAUUCAGAAGACUGGGUCUGCUACGGUAACAUCCUGCAUGAUGGGUUGCUUUAGAGCACACAGAACAAGGGAAGAAUUCCUGAGUUUGUUGGGUAAGAAGAGCCUAUGA